AUGGUUAUUUUUAAAAUUUAUUUUAAUAGAUUAGAAAACUUAAAAAAAGAUUCUCAUCGUUGUGGAUUGCCUUUACACGUUGAUAAUGACAACCAUUUUGUUAGUAGAUAUAAAAGAUUUCGUCCACACAAUUACCAUCAUAGACAUAAUCACCAUUUUAAUUACAAAAAUUCAUCCUUUAGACAUUUAAAUGAGACACACUAUCAUCAUGACGAACAUAUACACAGAAAAGUAAUGGGUGGUCAUGGAGUCGAGGAGGGUCAAUUACCCUGGGCUGUAGCUAUACACAAACAUUUAGAUGGAUAUGAUGGAUAUGCUUGCACGGGUACACUAAUUUCGCGCCGUCAUGUACUAACUGCCGCGCAUUGUUUCUUUAAGUAUGGAAAGUUAUUGAAAAGAGAUGAAGUAGAAUGUCACAAUACACACUGUUGUUAUUCAUAUGAACAAAGUGCAAUACCGGAGACAGAUGUUCACAAUUACAUUACAGUUUAUAUUGGAUCCAAUUGUCUAAUAAACAGUAAUGUUGUAUUUGGAGAAUGCAAAUCAAAAACACAUCAGAGACGAUUCAGAAUUUUAAAAGCAAAAUAUUCACAAUAUUUUGAUGCAAAAUGUUUACAUUACGAUUAUGCAAUUAUUGAACUUGAAGAAGAUGUUCCUGCUGAUAUAGCUAAUCAUAUUUGUCUAUUAAAUCUACACGAGAAUACAAAAAAUAUAGAUUGGCAAGUAAAUGCUUAUCCAGUGCUUGCUUAUGGAUGGGGACCUGAUCCUGGCACACAAGAAUGUCAUGGAAAAAAUAAAAGAGGAGGGUGUCUACUAUACGCACAUUCUCAAUUACACUUGCUUAAAUUACCUGGAAUUUGGACAGAUCAGCAAUGCUUAAAUCAAGUGUCGAAAUUUGGAAAUUACUUAGAUAUGACUAGAAUUUAUGAUCUAAUUUGUACUAUGGAGACUUUCACAGAAGGAUUUUGCAAUGUUUUUUUAAAACUUUCCUAA